AGAUGUUAAAGGAAAGAAAGUUGUGGCAUACCUGGACACGCUUCCCCAAAAUGAGUUUUGUAUGACAAUAAAGAAUGAACGUGUGGCACCUGUGAGUAACCUCCAGAAAAGUGCAGUUAAGGCCUACUCGUACUAUAAUGUUGAUGAAUCGCUCACUGUGUUAUUUGACCCCAUGGCUGGGAGUAGCCCUAGUGUGUGCGAUGUUUGUGGCGUGGACUGUGGGUGUGACCCUCAGACAGGUGGAAACACAAGUUCCCAGACUAUUGCUACAAGCCUUGGCUUACUGCUAACAUUUAUUGUUGCCGUAAUCGCGAGUUCUCUCGUUACAUGUUAAAGGACAUUAUCACUCUCUUUGUGUCAACAUAAGGAGCUUUCAUGCUAACAUAAACAUGUUGAUGGUUUGUUUUUGAUUUUGAGACCACAGGUA